GAUUAUUUACACAUCGACGUCAUAUGGCUGCGAUAUUGCUGAGUGUGGCGUUAAACAACAAACAAACAGACAGACAAACAUUACAACCUGAGAUGGCCUAAAAAAUUAAGGAAUUAGGGUUUUUUUUAUCCGUCAUCGAACUUUUGUACUGGUUCCUUUAACUCGAGCGCUUUGAGCCAAAAACAAAUAAUAUGUUAUCGUCGUGCCGCCAAGCAAGAGUUUCUCAUGAAUAUGCAUAUCAGACGUAGUAAGAUUUAUGUCUGCUAUUUGAUUGGCUGAUAGCCGAUAUUGACCAUCGUGACACUUCGGGAUAGCAGACGACAUGCAAUAUCGGAAAACACACAGCAAUGCCAAAUAUAUCUGUCGAUUGAAUGUUAUGAAUGGCAAACUGGUUGCUCUUCGAAAGUGAUUUCCUGCACAAUGAGUUGCUGCUCCAGUGGCAGUGGUUUCAAUCCAUCAACCGAUUGUUUGCCGAACAAUCACCUGGUUUUACGAAUGGUUACCCCGGCGUACCCCCCACAGUCAACAGCCGAGCUAUCCCACCUGGCCGGGAUACUCCCGAAUUGAAGAUCACAGAAUCAGAGCUCAAGUCACUGGUUGUGGCGGACGGGCAGGAAAGCGCUAGACUGCGCGAGCUCAUCGGCCAGGUUGUGCUGGAGCACGAAGUGCACGCCUACAGGCACGAGGAGACAUUCGAUGCUUGCAACAACAACGUGUAUCAGCUGAUAUGGAUGAAAAUGACCGUGCCAGCCAACCAAGAGACUUUGAGUCUCUCCACCUCCAUUAGAUACGCCAGCAAGUCCAACCGUGGGACCAUCAUUCUGGGAAUAGCAGACAUUCAACCUGAUGUUGACUUACGGCUGCAUGGCAUUGACGAGGUGUUGGUGGGGCCGUUAUCGAAGACCAUAGUGAGGCAAAAAUACAUGAAAUGGACGUCCGUGCAGACCGUGCAUGUGGACGACCCCAAUCUGUUGACACCGGAGUGUCCCAAGACCCCGACCACUCCCUCCUCAGCCUGCAGCGACACCGUCACAUCAAACCUAAAUGCAAGCCAAGACUUGAAUUUGUCGACGUCGCCGGAGCCACGUGUCACAGCGCAGUCUUCCUCUGGAAGUGAGAUGUCCAGUAACCUUCCCAGUGUGACGACUAACGCCACGCCCACCUCCAAGCACGGGUCUCCCGGCACCCCCAGUACCGUCCUCUCGUCGCUCAGGAACUUCAACUUGCAGUCUGUCACCUAUCAGCCGCGGCCCGCACGACCGACAAUGGCGUCUUCGGCUGAUCACACCACAAAGGAAAAACUUCGCAGAGAGAGGAUCAAGGACAGCUGCGACCAGCUGCGGGUCCUCCUGCCGUACAUCAGGGGCAGGAAGACGGACAUGGCAUCCAUCCUAGAAAUGACGGUUGACUAUCUGAAGAUAGUUAAUGCCGCCAUACCGGCUGAUUUUCAAAACCAGGUCAUAACGCUUAUGAGUAAGGGGGCAGUACUGCCCAAGAUAAAAACCGAUGGAGGGCGGGGUUCGGCAAGACGGUCUGGGAGGAGAGAGCCGGACCCCCCAGAAUCUCCGUCAACCACCCGAGUAUCUUCAACCAUGGACGCCAGUGGUCGUAGUGAAGGCAGCAAUAUGGCGUCUGGCUCGAGCAUGUUUGACAUGGGUAUACCUCAUAGUCAUAGCCCAAUGUCCACGCCCACUCGAGCGACGCAGGCGCAGAUGACCAUGGCGGGAGGAAAGAGGGAAUCAACAGACAGUUUCAAGGAUAUUAAAUCUGGCAGCAAGCGAAUGCACAUCUCCCCCCUCCCCAUGACCUCCCCAACCACCACCCAGUCCAGCCAGGGGCUGAUCUACAUGCAGUCCGACACGGAUGGGAGGACGGAUGCCAAUGAUCCGAACCGCGACACGAGCUCUCCACUGCACCUUCAAGGAGUGCACAUACAGUCGCACAUUUACGGCGAUCUGGACACCAACGCCAACCGCAUGUACCCUAACACCUUUCUCUCUCCCGACUACCCCAUUUCCACCCCUGUCGGCAACGCAGCAGCCAGGAUGUCGAAUCUGGAGAGAGAUGCAUAUGGGAUGUACGUGGAGAAUGCCUUUUAUCAGUACUAUGGCCAGCCCACGUCGACCGCAAGUUACAAUGCAAACUCUCUGUCGGACUACGUCAACCCAAAUGCUGUACUUCCGGUUGGACCCCAGAGAUACUAGGGACGAGGCGUGAGAUUUUUGAUUGGAAAAUAUCUAAUUCAAUUUUGUGGAAAUUUGGAAGGACAUGGUGUUGUCCUCGGCAAAACUGACGUUCCAGUUUGUUUUGGUUUUUAGAACUGGGAGAACGGUUUAUAUUCACACGAAUGGAGUUUUCGUUGGUUUUGUCUUUUGCGAACCAAACGAGUGGAUAUUUGAAAGGACAAUGGGUUGGGUGGCUCAAUGUCAGAGAAAUCGAUAAGAUGAAAGUUGAUAAUUUUGAUUUUCGAGUUACGUAUUCCUUGUUAUGUUUUUGUUUGAAUACUUGUUCCAUACAAAGUAUUCUUUGCUUUGAAGAAUACGUAACAGAAUCUUCGAUUAUCCUGUGCAUUUAUAUACUUAAGGUCUUAAGGUACUAUUUAUUUAAUCAUUCAUUCAUCUUGGCAUUCUGCCUCAGUCUUUUAUGACGCAUUAUUUAUUUUGUGGCAAAUUGUCCUUAUUUAUUAUCAAUUUUCAUGUUGAAGUAGAUAAUAGUUUCAAUAAUUCAUAAGAUAAUUAUUACAUAUUUAUUUGUAAUGAGAUUAUGUAUUUGUAAUCUAAGAUAUUUUACCCACUCUGUGAUGAUAAAGAGUAAAACAUUCUCGAUUCUUGUUUUAGAGAACUUUAACUGAUUUGCUUUCUGCAAAGUUCUUAAAUCAAAAGAUAUUGAAAAAUGUACAUUCCUAUAUAAGUUUCAUUACAUUCCCGUAGUCAUCUCUAGUUCUGAUUUUAUAUUAAAAAAUUCUUUACUUGGUAUUUUACUUGGAAAUAAAGUCUUUCAUUUGCUGCAUAAAUCAUGUGCGGAGUUUCUGUUAGAUUGUGUACACAUCUCUUUGUAUAUAGCUAUUUGCACCCUUUUGGCGUGCUAGAAAUCUGUGAUCCUUGGUUCGAACCCCAAAUUCCCCUAAGUUAGUUUGCAUCAUACCGCUAGGUUUAACCAAAGUGGUAAAACGUGUUAGACCUGCAUCACUUAGAGAUUUUAUCUCUCGCCAACCGCUUCUGUGGUCUAGUGGAGAGGGUCUAAGAGCGGAAGGUCAGUGGUUCGAUCCCCAGCCGCGUCAUUGAAAAGAGGGUACUUGUUACCUUGCCUAGCUAGCGCUCGGCAAGAAGUGGUUAAACAAGGACUGGUCUGUAUUGUGUGAAUGGGGUAUCCAUGUUAAAUUGACACACACACACACACGGACGUCGCUAUACAAUUGCAAUAAUCUUGAAUACCAUUUCACCUCUCCUCCACAAUAUUGUUAUGCCCAAAUGUGUUACUUAUGUAUAAUAUCAACUUGUUCCCAACGCUAUAUGGCUGAAAUAAUGCAAAGGCGACGUUAAAGUUUAACACACUCACUCACCUUGUCUCCCAUACCGAUCUGACAAGGCGUGAUAUAAUUGAAAUAAUGUUCACUCACCUUUCGCACAUAUCGACCGACCUUAUUCUAUAAAUCGCGAGAUACAACCGUCUGUGCACACUGAAUUUCAACACCUGGAUGUAUAUAUACCUCGGCUAUACACCGUCAUAACAAGACUAGGAUAGAACUAAUUGGCAGAUUUUAUUGAAACUAGUCGUUAAGAACUCACUUUCUCAGUCUGUUGAGUCUGUUGUCUUCUACUUGUAUGCACAUCAGUAUUAAAGUUAAUGAUAACCUUAUACAAAGACAAUAUCACAAUUCACACAACACUUAUUGCGUGUAGUCCUGGACUGGAAAGGUGCCCCAGAUUUUGGUUCAGGUACACAUGCAGUAUGUCAGCUGAUGCUGUGAUAUCCAGAUACACCCACAAACAGUUUCGCUGAACACAUAAAGUUAUAUUAAAUACUCUUUUCAAGAAAUGGUGUAUUAAAUAGCCAUACGAGUAUAGUACUAAAUAACGAUACAUGCUUACUGGUAUAUAUGCUCCGUGGUCUAGUGGUAAACCGUGCGCCUGGAGAGCGGAAGAUCCGA